GUAUGGCGGUAAAUAUUAAAAAUACGAAGUGUUUGUUGGGCGUAUAAAUAAAAAACCAACGUUUAUUAUUGCAAUAGAAAAUAAACAUAUCACGUUAUUAAAUCUAUGGCUACACAAAAAAGACAUAAACGAAAAAGUAUUCAAAACAGUGAUCCUGGAAAAAUUUUAGAUUUAAUAAUAAGUUUGAAUGAAGAGACAUGUGCACAGUUGCAAAUAAAAAUAAACACUUAUCUAUGUGAAGAAUGCGAAGCAGAAUUAGUGCUGCAAAUCGUGGUGAACGGAGAACGCAUGGAGGCAUCAAUAGAAGCAGUGGGUGCAUCAACAUUGCCCCGGAAAGUAAAAAUUUGCAUGUCCCAGAAAUUAUCUGACGUUCUAAAGACACCUACAGAACAAACAGAUCUCUUGACUAAUUUUGAGGCGGACUUUCAAGCAAUUGUUACGCCUUUUGUCGUGAAGGAUAAUGAGAAAAAACGGAUUGUAAUGUUCCCCAUAGUGGACAAGCCGUUUUCAAUUAUAGUAUGCGUGGUCGCGCCGAAAAUUGUCGAAGAGAACGUAGCUACACUCAUAUACGAGUGUUUUUUGUUUUCAUGGCCGACAUUGAAGAAAAGUAUAUGCUAUGAAUACGAGUGUAGCCUCAAGCAGAAGUGCCAGCAGCUCCUAAAAGUAGCCAGACGACUGUUCACUAGAGUGGCAUCGUUAGACACACUUCUCCAAAUAGCGAUGGAACAAGCGAAGAAGCUCAUCAAAGCGGAGUAUUGCUCGGUGAUGUUGGUCGACGUGGAGCGGAUGGAAUUAGUUGAAUCUUGUUAUAAGCUCGACAAAGAGGUGAUUGAACGCCGAUUCCCACUAAACGUGGGUAUCGCGGGAUAUGUGAUACAGAGUGGGUCGGUGGUCAAUGCAAAAUCAGCUAAAGAACAUCCAGCUUUUGACCCGACUAUCGACGGUUUUCCUGGCAUCGAUUGCAAAACAAUCCUCUGCUUCCCAAUUCGAGAACAAACAGGCAUAAUAGGUGUCGGUCAACUGAUAAACAAAAUUGGCGAUCCAUACUUCGAUGGAAUGGACGAGGAAAUGGCGCUCGCUUUCAGCAUCUACUGCGGAGUAUGCAUUAUGCAUUCGGUCGUCUACCAGAAGAUACAGGAGGCCCACAUCAGGAACACGCUUGCUAACGAACUCGUCAUGUAUCAUAUGAAGGUUAGUGAUGGUGAGGUGAGCCGUAUAUUGGAGUGUACCGGUUUCCACAAUCAUCCUCACCUGUCCAGCUUGCACUUCAACCCCCGCGCGUUGCCCAUGCGUGAACUGCCCUGCUACGCCGUCAAGAUGUUCAAAGACAUCGGCUUCGAUACGAAGUUUAAUAUAAAUCAACACAAGCUGAUUCGGUUCGUGCUGCACGUGAAGAAGGGCUACCGCGACGUGCCCUACCACAGCUGGUUGCACGCAUUCAACGUCGCCCAGUGGGCGUAUGCAGCCAUUAUCAACUAUAAACUAGUGCAGCAUGGAUACUUCAGUGACCUCCAAGCGCUGAUGUACCUUAUUGCUGGGUUAGUACACGAUCUUGAUCAUCGCGGGACCACCAACAGCUUUCAUAUUCAGGGCCAAACAACCCUGGCUGCUUUGUACUCGAGCGAGGGUAGCGUGAUGGAACGUCACCAUCUAGCACAAGCAAUGUGCAUACUCAACACAGAGGGUUGCGACAUACUGCAAGCAUUGCCGCGUAGAGACUAUGACAGGGCCAUCAUGCUGCUCAGGGACUAUAUACUGGCAACAGAUUUAGCCAAUUAUUUCAAGAAUCUGAAUGACUACAAAGGGAUCUCCAUGGAUUAUCAGAAAGGCAACAGAGUGCAUACUGCAGCGCUGCAGUCGCUUCUCAUGAACGCAGCCGACCUCAGCGACCAGCUGAAGGACUGGGGCAGUGUUAAAAAAACCGCUGCAGCGGUGCUGACGGAGUUCUUCAAGCAGGGAGACGUCGAGAAAAGUCGCGGCGACCUGCCACCAACCACCAUGGACCGGGACAAGUGCUUCAUACCGGCCCUCGAGGUGCAGUUCCUGCAGGGCACGUGCAUACCGCUGUUCGACAUAUUGGGACGUAUAAUACCUAAAGCGGCGGUGUGCACGAAAAUAAUCGAAAACCACAUAGAGAGGUGGGAAGCGGCUAAGCCUAUAUUCGCAGAGGUGCCAACGACAGCCGGGCUGUCUGUACUCCUCAGUCCAGAACUAGACAACUUGAUUGAGCUGAAUUUGAAAGAAAAAGACAGAUUAAGACUCGAAGCUGAAGUAGCCGCCGGCGAGCAACCUGCUGAGCAAUCAUAGCUUAGUAACAAUUUCAUUGCUUUCACUUAAUAAGUAUGUACUCAUUAAAAAUGUACUGCAAACGAUACAAGGGAAUAAAAAUAUAUUUAAUUUAACAUCAAAACAACUCUUCGCUAGAUUAUUUACAAGUAAAUUUCUUGUAAAUGCCUA